AUGCAUUCGCGCCGAGAUAGAGACACUCCAGACCGUACCCGUGACCGUGGAAGCGCUCGCCCGAGUGGUGGUAGAGCACUGCCGCAGCCCUCAGGCCCGCGCACGGGUGGUCGACCGCUGCCUUCGCCUCAGGGCAAUCCUGCGUCAAGGCAACACUCGGGUGAUAGGGCCCUGCCUCCCCGACCCGGGGGUGAUAAGAACGCCCAACGCCUUCCAGCGAAACCCAGCAUGCCCAACAGACCUGGAGGCCCUCAAAGCCCAACUCUGCCCAAGGUACCCAGUAAACCCAAUAUGCCGAACCGCCCAGCCAAACCUACGUGA